AUGGCGUCAAGGAAGGAUCGCCCACGCGGCGCCCCGACAGAUGGGGCCGCUGCGGCGGCAGCACCAGCUGCUGACGAGGCAGGUGGGGUGUGGCGCUACGUGCGACCCACUACGCUUGCCAAGCUGGUCGUCUGGGCCAUCCUGCAGGUCAUCUUCUACAGGCUCGAGUUUGGGCUGGUGUUCUUCAUCGCGAGCUGCUUCUACUGGGUGUGGGACAGCAUGUCGUCGUCUGCUGCAACCGACGGCGAGCGGGUCAGCGCCUACUCGGUGUUCAAUCGCGGCGUCAGCGCUCUUCCAGGGACGCUGAACGCCAACGAGUUCGACAACAUGAUGCGCGGUGGCUUCGCGCCGCCGCCGGGUGGUGAAGAAGAGAAGCGGCCGGCAGUUGGUGGAGUGGACGACAACGACGAAGAAGACCAGGCGAUCCAGCGCGCCGCCAUGGCCAGCCUCAAGCACCGGAAGGCGACGACCGAGCAGCAGAAGACGAAGGCGAAGAAGCCGCCCACCACCACCACCAAGGCCCGCACCUACGCAUCUUCGUCUUCUUCUUCAUCCGUGGCGGCCCCAAAGCCGCUGGUCUUCGACUCUGACCUGCAGGCCCUCAUGCGAAGUGUGGCCAAGCCUUAG